CAGAAAUGCACACACAUCAGUCGUAUUUUAUCUGAGUGUGAGGAAAGAUCCCGACUUUGAAAAUCAUCCAACGCCAAGAAUGAAAUUUAGGAGAAAUUACUCUCAUUUCUGCCUUUUAAAUGCAAUUCAAUCGACAAAUUAGCUGAAUGAAAAACUAUUUCGAUCUUUAUGUUUUGAGACUAUUUUUUUUCAUCAAAUUUUUAAUUAAAAACAAAAACAAUAUCGAAAAGCGUAAACAUUAUUUGCUAUUCGCGUAAAUACUUCACUCAGUAGGCUAAAAAGGUGAUCGUAUUUGCUAUCGAUUUCAAUAUCAAUACGUUCAUCAAUUGAAAACUAAAAAAAAAUUGUGACUUGAAGUUAAAAGUAUAGUGAAAAAUUUGGGAUAAAUUCAAGUUGAAGCAAAAAAGACAAAAACUGUGUUGAAUACGUUAGUCUUUUUUGAAAUGAAAAUUUACAGUUUUCGGUGAAGAAAAAAAUUUAGCCGCAACUUCAUUUUGACAACAAAUAUUUAAUUUGGAUAAAAGUGUAUGUGAAUAAUGUUUAUGGAGCGGAAACUUAUAAUAAAGAAAGCAGUAUCAACAUAAAAGCAAAACUCUCGAAUCAAAUUUCUCAUUAGUAGUGAAAUAGACGGACGGACAGACCAUUGUCGAUGUCUCUUUUUAUGCUGAAUAAUUUCUAAGAAAACGUGAUUGCUCGGUAUGUCCCCGAUUUUGGUCUUUCACCAUCGUCAUUCCUAAGCUGAAUCAAAGUGAAAGACAUCCAUACGCAUCGUAAGUGUUGUUGUUGCUGUUGAUAUCGAUUCCGUCCAAAUUUGUUUUGAUGUGAUGUCAUCACAAGUGGAUAUACCCUCGUAUUUACGACAGUUGUCGAGCUACGACACAACCGUUAAUUUAACCAUGUCGUCACAGAAUAAAGUAAAAGAAGAACGACACGACGACGCCGAGAUUCAUGAAAUGGCCGAAAAGAUGCGUGAAACCUAUAAAAUGCAAACAGCCAAAAAUGCCGCAACACAACAACAAAUGGCCAAUCGUCUACCAAACGCAUCCGCAUUGCCCGGUGGUCAAUCGAGUAUGAUGAACUAUAUGGUGCGAAAAAAUAAUACAAUGCCAUCAUCAACAAUGUCAAACAGUAGUAAUGCAAUGUCACAAUUACAAAUGCAAUCGAAUGCCGACAAAAUGAAACAAACAAAUGAUAAUGGUGCUGGUAGCUCAGAAAAUGGUGAGAAGAAACCAUGUGAUGAUGGAAGUCAACGUGGUCAUUUUGGUUGGGCAACAUUUGGAAAGAUUCACAUUCCAUAUAUAUUGCGACAGGGUGAAAAAUAUUGUGCUGUACGAAUGGUUGAAAAUAAACUGCUUAACAAGUAUCUUCAUCAUUUGCAUCAGGACAUUUACAGUUGUACAUGUGUUCGCAGUUACUACAUUACAGAAUGUGAAAGUCGACUACUCAAUGAAAUCAAUCACAAACAUUGUGAUUCACAAUUUGGCCGUGAAAUGUUUACGUUGAAAGAUUUGGUGGUGCGUUUAGCUGAUGCAAAUAAAUUCUUUCAAUUUUUGGAUGUAUGUUAUAAAAAAUUGUUGAUGGGCAGCAGUGGACCAUCGGAUAAAUGUGGAUUCAUUCGUAUAAAUAAAGAAUCGGUUGUACCGUAUACAGUGCGAGAUGGCCAACAAUUUGUACCGUUAUUUUACUUUGAAGGUGAAACGGACAAUUUGAAAUUGAAAGCCGACUAUUUGUCCGGUUGGGAUUUGUCAUAUUUAAAAUUUUGUUGCAAAGUGCAGGGCAUACGAAAUGAAUUGUUUGCCAGUGAUUCAGUAGCAGUGAUUAGUUUAACCGAUAUUAAAAGUUACUUUCCCGUCGGCACCGAAUUUGAAGACUAUUGGCCCAGCAAAGUUGUGGAAAAUCAAUUAUUAAUUGGAUCAAAACCAAAUGGAAAUUCAGUACAAUGGACACGCCAACCAAGUCAUCCACCGCCAAAAGUACCAAAUCCUCAAAUUCAAAAAAUGAACGAAGCACGCAAAGCCAAUGCUUAUGCAAAUCGACUUGCACAACAGCAAGCAGCAGCUCAACGUGCCGCACAACAACAACAGCAGCAGCAACAGCAGCAGCAACAACAACAGCAGCAACAACAACAACAACAGCAGCAACAACAGCAACAACAACAAUUACAACAAAGCCUAUCAUCAUCAUCAAAUUCGCAAAGUUUUGCGGCAGCUGUUCAGGCGUGGCAAAACUUGGGCGGAAUCAAUAAUAUGAUGUCGAUGUCGCAAAUGUCACAAGCGGAUAUUGCACGAUUUAUGGCACAGCAACAGUUACAUUCACAGGCUCAAUUGCAAGCCCAACAACGUAAUUCUUACCCACAAAGAUCCUCACAAAUCCAAAGCCAAGUGUCGAAUCGUCAAGGAUAUGGAAAUUAUCUUGGUUCAAUGAAUCUAUCUCAAAUGCAAACACCGCCGCCAUUAGUGAGAUCAUCACAAAGUUCAGCAGCAUCAAAUACUGUGGACUAUCGUCGACAACAGCAGCUGUUACUACAACAACAGCAGCAGCAGCAACAAGCACAAAGGCAAAGCUCCGGCAUAAUGCAUCAACGACCAGCACACUCUCAACCUCAUCAAUCGUUGGCCUCACCAUACGAUGGCUCUGGCCGAUAUAAAGUCAUUCAAGACGCUCAACCCAUGAAUCAUUCGGCCGUUCCGUUCAAGAAAUCCCAUUGUAAUAUUCAAAAUGUGUCGGUGCCGUGCGUAAAUAUGAAUCAAUAUUCCGAAAAUGAUAUGCUCAUGACGGUUGUUGAUUUCAAUGAAUUGCUAUUCCCAAAUCUAAGCUUUGAGAUGUGCAUCGAACGUUUGUCCGUUUUGAAAAUUGAACAAUAUCUUGGAAAUCGUGAUCAAGUGCAAUUGAUGGGAGUUAAUCCAAAGGUGCCGUUUGUGAGGGUGCGCGAUGUCAUUCAACAUAUCGUGCAAUUAACGUAUAUGGCACAAGGUCAAGAUCAACCGCAAGCAAAACGAUCGCGCAUAAGCUAGGAAUUGGGUUGGGGGAUAAUGUCUUAUCCCCCAAAAGAAACUGAAAUCGAUACAACACCAAAUUCACAGCACAAAUUACAAAAAUCACAAUUGCUAUCAUCGUCAACUGUAUCCUCAUCGACAACGCUCAAUGAAGCGAUUGCUCGGAACAUAGCAUCAAAUAUUGAACUUCCAUAUUCACAUGAGUAUGGUAAUAGCAACAGCGCCAAACCACCAAAUAGCUCAACCGCAUCGUCAUCCCAAUUAACGACAUCAGAGAGACCGUCAGGUCAUUACUAUUCAAUCAGCAAACAUGAAAUUCCACCAAAUAGUUACACUCCCGGCAAUCUUGUAUCUGAUUCAGUUUCACCACGUUCAACAACCACAACAUCAUUGGCUGAUCCACAACAUCCAACAUCAAAUUCAUUUUAUCAACAUCAUUCACUAGAGUUACCAUCGCCAUCAUCGUCAACAUCAUCGCAAA